AUGGGAAUAGCGCGGGUUGCGGUGCCGACAGACCAGCUGGUGCUGUGGUUAGUCGUGGUGUUGUGGGCUCCACAGCUCCUCGUGAGUAUCGAGGGUUCGCUUCUGGCGUCGAGCCGGGUGGAACGGUGCGUGCAGGACGGCGCCACGGACGUGCCCACCAUCUCCUGCGACCGCCGCAUGAUCGUCACCCUCACCGUCGACUCUGGCCAGAACAAUACGGAGCAGCUGGAGUUGGUGCUGGACUCGACGCAGGACGAAGACGGGGUCUUACGCACGCUGGAGCAUCCCGUGCAGAUACAGUGGGCCAAGACCAUCCCGCGGCUCCUCUACCCCAUCACCUACGUUGGCCGCACGAACAAUAAGCCCUACGAGACGAUCACCUACAAGGACGACAUCCUGUUCCUGUUCGACGAGUGCAACGACUCGCCGUCGAGCUCGAGCCCCACUUGCGGGUGGUUCUAUAACGCAGACGGCACGGUGGUCCGGGACAGUCAGGGGUUCUGCUGUUCGUGUGACCUGAGCGAGGUGCUGUGGCUGUCCAACGAGCAAACGCGAGCGGGACUCACGUGUUCGCUGUUCGCCUUUGGCGUCGACGGCAGCUCCGCGCACUGCCUCCGCUUCGACCAACUCUGGUACGACGUCUUCUCCAUCGGUGCGGCUCAGGUGAGCUUCGAGGUGGUGCUGAGCGUGAAGAAGUACCAGACGAUGACCGACAUGUACGGGAACACGACCGGCGGCUACGUGACCGAGACCCUGCGCCUGUCGCCCUCGCAGACCACCGGUACCGCUGCCGGCGGCGAUAUCUUCGCCAAGCUGCAGGGCGACUUUGCGCCGUGGAGCGAUAAUCCGGUCCUCAGCGAAAAAUAUCUCUUCGUACCAUCCUCGCCAUCCACGCACCCGCGAGUCGUAGCCGGAACGGACUACUGGAUGUUGCUUGACCGCUCGAGCGCGGAUUUCUCGGGCCUCACCUGCAACAAGAUCGGUGUGAGCUUCUCGGCGUUCCGCUACCAGGGCGGUGCCUGCGGGAACUGGCUCCAGGCCUGUCUCGGCAACCAGCUCGACCACUACCACCGAGAGGACCUCGCAAGGUGGGAGCAGGGACAGCUGGGCCGCUACUUUGUGCGGUUCUGGGGCGAUUUCGUCGGCAACCAGGCCGUGGUCCAAACCAACGACCAGCGCUACCUCAGCUUUGCGCUCGACCAGAUCAGGGCCACCGUCACUACCCUCACCCUCAACGCCGACGACAUCAUCUACACCAUCAACCGGAGCCCCGGUCGUAUUGUGGUGGCCAAUAUCACCGGCUUUGAGGGCCUGGCAACACAGGGAGAGCUCGACGUGGUUGUGAUGAACAACGGCACCAUCCAGGCGGACUACACGAUCACCGUGACGGAGUGCGGCGAUCGAAUCCAGGCCGUGCAGGCCAAGAUGCGCUCCAUCUCGGCCUAUCAAUCGGCCAACCUCACCUUCGCACUCUACAUGUCGUUGUAUGAUUCGCUCGGGGUGAUCGUGGACUCGGUGUGGGUGAACGUGACGGUGUUCGCCACCAAUAUCACCUGCCUGGGAGGUCAGUGCAGCGACGGAAGCGGAGGAGGAAAGCCGGCCGACGGCGGCUACAAAUACGCAAUCACCAGCUGUAGCGCGUGCAACAGCAUUUUCGACAUCGCGUGCUACGUGGAUAAUUCGUGCAUGGACAAGAUCAUCGUGUUCGUCGUGAUCGUGAUCAGCCUGCUCUGCUGCUGCUCGUGCUGCUGCGUCUGCCUCAAAUCUAAACGCGGCCGAUCAGCCUGCAUGGGCUGCUUGAAGGGCAUGUGUUGCCUGGCGUGUCUCCCCGUGAAGGCCUCCACCUCCGCGGCCGACAAAACACGUGCCGCCCGGAAGCGGAGGAAAGCCAAGCUCAAGAAAAAGAAAAAGAAAAUGGACAAAAAAAUGGCGAAGGCGCAAAAGAAGAUGGCCAAGAAGGAGAACGAUCUGAAGAAGGCCAAGUACCAGAAGAAGCUCGAAAAGAUGGACCGUCGGCGCACCACCCUCACCGAAGCCCUCCACGCCCGCGCCUACGAACUCGACCUCGAGCGCUCCGACAGCAGCCGAAGCAGCAGCAGCAGCGGGAGCGACGAUGAUCGCCGCCCGCGCCCGGCGGCCAACCGCGGCCACGGCGCGGCGCGUCGACGUGAUGUCGGCCGAGCCCAGGGACGCCGGCGGAGCAGAAGCGCGCAUCCGGAUGUCAGGACCCAGGCCUACGAUCGCCGCCCGCGCUCGAUGAGCGUCGACCGAGCGACGAUGCCGACUCGACGAGACGACAAAAGAACGAAAGCGAAGACGAAAACGAAGAAGGGAAAGAGGUAUUCAGAGAACACGUGGAAUUGGGGCGAGAUGAUGCGGAACGGGCUGCGGUCGCUGCACAGCAGGAACGACAGCGUGCGGAUGAAGGACUCGGAGCUGGUCAAGAUGGCCAAGCGGUCGGCCACGGCCUACUUCAACAUCGAGUCUUCGUCUUCUUCAGCAUCGGGACUCCUGUCACCAGGGCCGCGGUUCAGUGUGCGGGGCCGUCUCAUUCUUCUCGAGGAGGGCGUGGACGUGUGGCUGAACUUUUCGCUCGAGCGGCAGCACCAGUUCCAGUCGCGCUACAUGGACGAGGGGGAUGAAGACGAUGACGAUGGCUAUUCCUACCUCGAGUUGGAGCGGCCUGUGGAGAUGCCGCGCGCCUACCACCAGACCCUCAUCACCCUGGCCAACGCGCGUCGAUUCAUCACCGCCGAGCCCGUCUUCCCCUGCAUCAACGAAUGA